UUGUGCAGCCUGAAGAUUGCGGGCAUUCGUGUUGGUUUUACAUAAGGCUGAUUUAUAGUUUUUUUUACUUCAGGCAAGAUGGCGAUGCAAAAGAGGACAAACGUGCGACUUCCACCAGAAGUUAACCGCAUUUUGUAUGUCAGGAAUUUGCCUUACAAAAUCACAGCCGAAGAUUUGUAUGAUAUAUUUGGGAAGUAUGGUGCUAUCCGACAAGUGCGAUUAGGAGUUACUCAAGAAACACGAGGAACAGCUUAUGUUGUUUACGAAGAUAUAUUCGAUGCAAAGAAUGCGUGUGAUCAUUUGUCAGGCUUUAACGUCUGUAAUCGUUACUUGAUUGUCCUCUACUACCAACCCACCAAGAUGUUUCAAAAGAUGGAUAAAGAUAAAAAGAAGGACCAGAUCGAUAAGAUGAAAGCGAAAUAUGGUGUUAGUGCCACGCCUGAUAGGUAGUACUGUGAAAACUAACAACCAAUUUGCACAUUGUGAUAACAAAAAUAUUUGUUGUAAUAUUUUUGAAAAUUGCUGCAUGUACCGGAUAGGACACUUCAACUGACUUUUGACAAGAGAUGAGAACUAUUUAGUAGUUUAAAACCAGUGUAAAUAUAUUUUUAUCUCUGCGGAAAUAUAUGAUCUCUCGUA